GUGUUUGACAGUUGGCGGGGUAAAUUUGGUCUUUUGCUGCCCUCGUCCGUACUGGAGACCGAAUAUUAACAUGAAUACACUCUCGUUUCGCACAAUAAUUAACUAUAUCAUGUGUUGUCCAAAGGUAAACGCUAAAGACCGCAAUGUGUUACUUUUUGGCGAUGAAAUUCAGAGAAAUUUCGCUGCAAUCUGGUUUCUUUGUGUCUGAAACACUACAACUCCCAAGAUCCAAUGCGGCACCAGACACGCUGGACUCAUUGAGCGUAAACUACAAUUUCAGUUUGUUACAAUGGAACCAAAAGAAGAAAUGCCGUCCAUGUUAUGGGGACUGGAUCCGAUAUUUUCUGCAUAUGCAAGACUGUACAUCAGAGAUAUCCUACAGAUGACAGAAUCCACACAAGUGCCAGGUAUUUACUUCUACAACUCACAUCCAAUCUACAAAGUUGAUGUACUAGGAAUAGUGGUUUACAAAAGGGAAAGAGAUGACUUCUUCUGCUAUGGAGUGGAUGACAGUACUGGAGUUAUCAACUGCCUUUGUUGGAAAAAUGACUUAAUAAAAGAAGCAUUUGUCCCUGGAGAUACAAAGAAAAUUGGUGGAGCACAAGGUGGGUUUGAUCCAGUGGCAGAGAUGAGGAAGUUACAACGUGCCCAGCAGAAUCGAUGUCAUGUGGAGAUUGGAGAGCUGCUUAGAGUGAGGGGACCUGUGAAAACAACAAGGCAACAAAGAGAAAUCAGUGCCUCAGUUUUCUAUAAAGUGGAUGACCCGCUGAUGGCGGUACAGAUAUCUUGGAUGAUGGAGGUUCCUGAGCUCUACAGGCAGUGCUAUGACAAACCACUCCAGCUACAAUCAAACAACACAAGCAAUGCAUCAGUCAGUUCUACAAGUAAGGCUGUCAACAUUAUCCGGGACUUCCUAAACCAGAAAUCUGUGGCAAAGUUCAGGCCUUAUGAUGUUCAAGAACUUUUGCAGCCUCUCAUCUUAAAUCAGCUCAAAGCUACACCAGGAGAUCAGGAACCUGUGGCUGGUCCAUCUGGUUGCCAACAGCUACGGCAACUUCUGAAGGAGGCGCUGCAAACUCUACAAGAUGAAGGCUUUAUAUAUCGCAAGGUUAAAUCCCAGGAUGAAGUCUACUCUGUGACUGGACAGGACAAAGAACUUGUCAUUGCAGUGAAAGAUGUCAUCCGUGAGGACUCAAAGCGAGAAAAAUAUGCAGAGAAGGGAUGUCACGUUCUUCACAUCCUGUCAGCAGUGAGGCAGCGCUAUAGCCUCAAUUUGAGUAAAGCGGCGCUGGAGCUGGUCCUCAAAUCACUGGAGUGUAACAGUGACAUUAUCAGCUGCAGUGACACUCAUUACACAAUUCUUUAAAGCCACCACUCUCUCAAUAUGUUGUGCAUAUGUAUCAGCCAUAUAUAAGCCCACCAAGUGAGUAUUUGUAAAUAUGAAGAUGUUUGUAAUUGUAAUGCUUUUAUGUGGAUUAAUUAUACAACUGAGGUUAAAACAGUUUUACAUACUACCUCAGUUGGCUAUGUAAUUUGAAUUUAGCUGGUAUUGCAAAAGUCAGUGGUUUGAAUACCCCACUAUUAAAUUAUUAUGUGCAACUAUUAAACUAUACAACCACU